AUGUGUGCAGUCUUUAAAUUAUAGGCCUGUUUCAUCUAAUAUUAGAAUACGGGUUAAUGUUGCUACUAAAUUCCUUCUUGAGAGUGAAAAUGUUGCUUCUAUAUUACCUCAUAAAUUUGAAUUCAAGUCCUUUCAAGAGUGCAAAGAAAGACUGCAUCAACUAACAUAUUUAACAGAUUUAAUUGGUGUUUUAACCAAAAUUGAUGAUAUGGAGGUAGGCUACAGUGCGUGAGAAUCAAAGUUACCAUGUAAAAUUUGGUUGAUGGAUUUUGAAGAAGCAAAAUUUUCUAUUAGUCUAUGGGGAAAAGCAAAGCAGCAAAUACGACAGUUAAAACUUUGGGAAAAGGAUUCAACACAAAUUGUUAUCAUUACCUCUUUAGCUACUAAACAAUUUGAUGGAGAAAUUCAUGGAGCUAGCAUGUCUCCAACAAAGAUCUAUGUUAAUCUUGACAUCCCUGAAGUGAAACAAUAUCUAGACAGGUUUGGUAGCUUCAAUAUUCAACCUCAAUUACUUACUAGAAAAUUCGAGCUGGUUGAAGAAACUUCAGAGACUAUGCCUUCUAUUAGAAAAACAAUAUCAAAUUUGAUACAAACUUCUGUGUUAGAAGUUGAACCAAGCCAAAGGUUUCAAGUUGAAGCAGAAGUUGUUGGCUUUGACAUAGAUUCUGGUUGGUUUUACACAGCCUGUAAACAAUGCACCAGGAAACUUCCUCCUGCUUACACUGCUCAAGGAUGUCGGGUUUGUAAUACUCCACAGUCUGAAUCAAUGAUUUGGUAUCAUUUGAAGACCAUAGUGCAAGAUGAGACUAGCUCAGCUACUUUUAUUAUCUUUGGUACAAAAAGUGAAAAACUACUUGGAACAUCAGUUAAUAAUUUAAUUGCAUCAGCAGCAGUGGAUCCUGAAGUAUUUCAUCCAGUGAUGGAGAGACUUUGUGAGAAAAGGGUUAAAAAAAUUUUUCAUGUGACAGUUAAACAUAAUGAAUAUAAGGAGGAUGCUGUGAGUUUUAUUGUUCAAAAUUUGUUUGAUCUACCCUCUACUUCCUUUCCUUUUGUUGAUCCAAUUGCAGUUGGAAGACAACCUAUUUGUUGGGAAGGGCAAAGCAAGUUAGCUGAACCCCUUAAAAAGGAUGAAAUUACUCCGCUAUUAAAAAAACUACAAUCAGAUUAUCUUGAGCAAAUACCUCCAUCUACAGGCCUUUUGUUGACUGAUCUUUUUACCCAAAUUGUAGCAUCUGUAAAACCAAUUUUAAGUAGUGGCCUAAAUCAUGAGGAAGCUGAUAGUAGCACUUCUCUUAAGGGGAAAGAAAUAUUGAGAGAGUCUGAAGAACUAAAUGAGAAACAUAGUGUGCCUCCUAUCGUUUUAGGAGUUGAUCAAGUUAAAUCUGUCGUUUCAAAAAUGAUUAUGCAGAGAAGAAAGGGGUUGCAACUAGAUGAUUUGCAUGAAAAUAAUAACAAGGAGUUUAGCAAUCAAUCAUCUGAGCUUUAUAAUGCAUCUAUUACUAAUGACUAUCAGGAAAAGAUGAAAAGGGAAAAUGAGAAGCAAGAAUCAAGUGUUGACCUGUUCGGCAGCAUCAAUGAAGAUAAUUUGACAUCAACAAAGGAACUGGUAACGUUGACUGGUAGCAAUUGUGAAAAACAAAUAGGAAUUGAAGAAAAAAGAAUUAAAAAAAAUGAUGCAAAAAAUGUACAAAGAGAUGAUAUCAACCAAUACUAAAAAAAAAAAAAACUGAAGACUUCAAAGGAAUAAGAAGUAGAGAAAGUUAGAAGAUAAUCCAGUUGUUAUCUAUUUCUUUUAGGAUAAUAUUAUUAUAUUAAAUUUUUUAAUUCCAACUUAUUUUCUAUUUCAGUCAGUGAAAACAUAUCGGAACUUUUAUCUAUAAAUUUCUGUUAAUAUU